AUGAUUAAGGCAAAACAGACCACUACACCAUUGCCUCCAGGAGUGAAGCUCUUUGCAGAUACAGACACAGGUGCUGCACUUACAGAUCCUUCCAGAUACAGACGGCUGGUUGGGAGAUUACUCUACUUAGGCUUUACGAGGCCUGAUUUGUGCUAUGUUGUUCAGCAGUUGAGCCAGCACUUGCAGCAUCCUUGUGAGAAACAUUGGGAUGCUGCAAUGCAUGUGGUCAGAUACCUAAAAGGGAGUGUUUCUUCUGGUCUAUAUUUCCCUUUGAACACUAAUUUCUCACUUAAAGUCUUUUGUGAUGCAGAUUGGGCUGCUUGCCAAUCAACUAGAAAGUCACUUACGGGCUUUUGCAUUUUUCUGGGACAAACUCCCAUAUCAUGGAAAACAAAGAAACAAACUACGGUAGCGAGGUCAUCAGCUGAAGCUGAAUACCGCAGCAUGGCCAGCACCACCUGUGAGGUAGUAUGGUUGAUCUACCUCUUACAGACAUUCGGCAUUAAAGUACAAUUGCCAGUACCUUUCUUCUGUGACAACAAGGCGGUAAUACACAUAACAGUCAAUCCCGUGUUCCAUGAGAGAACAAAGCACCUGGAAAUAACUGCCAUGUAG